GCUGUAAUAAACAAACAAAUGAAUAAAAACUUUGCAAAUGGACUUAAAACAAAUUAGGCUAGAUAUGAAAUAAAUAUGAUAAAUAAAUAAAAAUUUACAAAUUUAUAAAAUAAAUUUACAUUAACUCAGCUAGCUAUUUAAAUUAGAGAACUUUAUUGUCCAAAGGCAGCCACUACUAAAAUGCAUUUUAUUUAAGCAAAAGACAAGAAAGAAUGAAAAUAUGAGUAUGGUUAGUUGCUUUAUUAGCCAAUAUUUUGAUCUAAUUUAGACUGUAAUUUCAAAACCUGAAGCAUAAACAGAGUGGUCUGACUUUACCACUGUGGAAUUAUGCUAAAACAUACCAAAUAUAGGUUGUAUGUGGGUUAUAUGUGGGUUUAUUGUUCACAUUGCUUACAUUUUUUUUAAACUGUACUUCCAUGUUAUGUUUCCAACUUGAAUGCGUGACAUGUCGCAAUAAUAAACGCCAGCUUCGAAGGUACUGAAAGGCUGCAUACACAACCUGGCAACCACACACCACUCACAUUUCUCAAAAAAAAAAAAAAAAAAGUCAAAUCAAGUUUAAGAUUACUUUUAAAUCCCAUUGCCUGGUCUAGUUUUAGUGUUUAUUUUUUGUAUAUUGUGUUGGUUUCUGCAUCUCUUUAAUAGACACCCUGAUAUACCGCCAGGUGCCAGCUACAGUAUGUCUCCUGUGUAUGUGGUUGGCAUGCUGGGAUUUUUGAUAAAUGAAGCCAUGCCCAUGUGUGCCCCCACUGAGUACACAAUUUACAUCGAGAGACAGGAGUGCAAUUACUGUGUGGCUGUCAACACCACCAUCUGCAUGGGCUUCUGUUUCUCCAGGGUAAGUGGACACAGUGAGGAAAAAAUCUGCAUCACAACAUUCAGUGCAGAUCCACUCUUCACCUAUCCGGUGGCACUUAGUUGCCACUGCAGCACCUGUCACACCCACAGUGAUGAAUGUGCCCACAAAACCAGCAUCUCUGGCAUGAAGUGCUCCAAACCUGUCCAUCAUUUGUACCCUGAGAACAACUACAUCCAGGUAUAUUGGGAACAGUAUGAGUAAUGUUUGAUUAACUAAAACUUAAAUUAAACACAUUGUUUAUGCUGUAGCAGUUGACUGUGGGCACUCAUUUUUUUUUUUUUUAGGUAAUCUUUGAGUAAACCUUACAUCACAAAGUUACCUAACACAUUAUGUUUGCUGUAUUUUAUAUCAUGCAUAUGAUGUCUUUAAUGAUGCCAAAAGUGGUUAAAAAGAAGGUGUGUUUUUAAUGGGGUUCAAAUACUUACGAUUUUAUGGAUCAUAUAAAUUCUGUAAACUUUAGUUAUGUUUUAGUGUUUGAUUGGCAGUGCUUCUAUAAAAAAAAUACAGUUAAAAUCCUUCCAUAAAAACGAGUUUUUAUCAUUAUUGUUUGUUUUUAUGGUUUAACAGUUUGUGUCUGUGUAAUUAUUCAUACUCUUUUGUGGUUACUGUAAAGACAAAGGCUUGUCAUGCAAUAGAUGCAAAAUGAGAGGUGAAGAAAUUUCAGUCCCAGAACUAACAAACUUUAAUGGCAAUUUGUAUUUGUUUUACAUUUGGGCAAAUUGUUAGCUAAUUUCUAUGAAUUUGUAUGAUUCCUUUUGUACAUUUUCAAACGAUUGGCUAAAGUCCCAUACUGGUUAGGUUUACGGGUGUGGUUAGAGUAAGACCUUCAUGCUUUUUUCUAAAAAGCUUCUGUUUCCAUAUGAAUCACAUUGUAUUUAUACAACAUCAUUCAUUUGUACUCUUUUGUGGUUUCCAAUUGGUUGUAGGACAAAGGUUAGUCAUCUAAUGGACUUAACCAA